UGAGCGCUGGAGGAAACUUCAGCUGACACAAGCAGACAGAGAAAGACACUGAAAUCUUAAAAUGCAUCUUAAGAAGAGCGGUUACGGAUUAUUGAUUAUUGUGACAUCGCAUUAGAUAUGAGAUCAGCACAACAUUCAUGCACCGCAGCACACGCUUCUCCCUGCUUCUACAGGAAGUGAGCUUUGGCGCUUUGGAUCUGGCCGGCUUUACUUCCAGUCUUCAGUCAAACUAUAUGCUUGAGUGACGGAUACGCCAUGUCAAACGGUGGAACUCUCCAAAGUCUCUUGUUUGCUGCGGUCUCUCUUUCAAGCUGGGCUGCACCGUUAGAGAGCAUCGUCGCAUUGGAUGGCAUGUGCUGUGAAGGACAACAGCAAAGAACAAUUGAGAACCAAAGAGAAGAUAAGGGGACAGCAUGGCCUCUAACUGGAACUCGUCUACAGAAGGACAACAGAAAAUGGGAACCAGUUACUUCAUCAUCUUCAUCAUCUCAUCUCCCAUCAUUGGUGUCAGACUCAAGCAAUGGUUCAUUCAGCCUUUCCCCAACCGCUGCCAACAUAUCUCUAACCAUUACCAGUGUAGACACAUUCAGACAAUCCAACACUGACAUGCAUACAGAUGUGAUCUCCUCCAAACUACUACAGUCAUCUUCUCCAGAUGAUCCUGGAAGCAUUGAGGAGGAAGCAGGUGUAAACAGCAGUGUUCGAGAAGGGUUGGGCAGAGUGACAGCGGUUGGAAAUGAGGACAGACAGUCCCGGGUGGGUGAGCAAGCAGUCUGGUCUAACGCUCGAUAUCAGAAGCACUCAGUAGGCGAGCAGCAGAGCUCAACGAUUCCAGCCUCCAUACAAUCUGUUGUGGAUCAUUUGCUGGGGACUACAGAUGGGGUGUCUCUCCUACAGGCUUCAACAACCUCUUCUAUGGUUGGCCUAGAGAGAGAUGAGCCACUUAGAUUUAUCUCAGAGAAUGUUGAUGUAUCUAACGGGUCGUCUGGAUUUACAAAAGGAAAGACUGGGAACAUCCAGCCAGGAGGUUUAGAUGAUAAAGGGACGGUGACACCACUAACUAGAACUCCCCUACAGAAAGAUGACAGAAGAUUGGAAGCAGAUACGAUCACCGGAACUCCUUCAGACUCAACCGAUGGUCCAUUCAGAUUCUCUCCAUUGAUUAGUAACCGAACCACACUACAAACAUCUUUAACGAUUACCAGUGGAGACUCACUGGGUGGGUUAGAUCUCCAGGAUAACACACCUGUGUCUGGACUCCGUCAGCUGGAUCUGACCUUUAACUCCAGAUUGGUGGAUCCUUCUGAUACCUGGACAGAGACAGUUCACCUGCUGGGAGAGGAAGUUAGUGCUCUUUCCACAUCUCAGGAGGUAGGAACAGAUGCAACCAUGUCCUCUGAAGAUCUGCCGUUGAUAUUUGAGCCGUUUGAGGAUGUCGCUGCGCCGGUGUCUGAACCGUCUGUCGCCAUGGUGCCAACAGCUGUAUCUAUGGUAGAUGCAGAACUUGAGCAAAUGGUGUCCAUGGAAACGGCCCACACCCCCUCUGAUGUCACUCUCUCUGAAGCUCAUGAUUGGUCAUCAUCAUGGCAGAUGUCUGGAGUUCAGAAGUCUGAUGCCGUCAGUGAUGACAUCACACAGACCUCUGUUACCCAGCAACCUCUGACGGAUGCUGUUCAGUUACCAGCAUUAAAACCAAAGACAGACACAGAAGAUGUUGAAUCUAGAGAGGAGCCUGAUGAAGAUGAGGUAGAUGAGGAGACUAAUUCUGAUGAAGAGGAGGAGGAGAGUGAAGAGGACCUGACAGAAACCACCAUCUCACCCCCCACACGUGCCCCCUACAGUCUCAUACCCCCUCCUCCAGUCUGGGUGCAGCGGAACCAGGGAUUGGUGCGGAGCUGGGUUGAACUUAUAAGAGAAAAGGCCGGUUAUGUGUCUGGUAUGUUGGCACCGGUUGGCAUCGGAAUAGCUGGUGCUCUUCUGUUGGUUGGUGCUCUGUACAGUAUCAGAGUGAUUCAUCGCAAACGGAGGGACAAUUUUAAACAUCAGAGGAGGAAGCCGCCCAGAGAAGUUCGGAGCGGACCCGACAAUACAAUGCUGCUGGGCGACAGCUCAGAGGACGAAUUCUGAUGAAGAAAUACAAACAUUUAGAAACCGUUUGUGCUUCAGUCCAGAUACAAACAGGAAUGAUUGUUGUUUCACUGCUUGCCACACAAAUAGUGCUGAAACACAUCAAUAUAAUAGUUGGAUUACAGUAAAUACAUUUAUAAAUUGAUUUUUCUUUUAGAAUCGCAUCUUUUGAGAAACGUUAUGUACAUUGAACAUUUCAACUGCAAAACUGCUCUUAAUAAUUCAUCAAUAGUUUAAAAUGUUCAAAAAUAUACAUACUUGACUGUCGUGUAAUCCAUGUUUUAAUAGUGCAUUCAUUAAUCAUGCCGCGUUUUAUGAAGGCAUUUAAACUCAUGCCCUAGCAAGUUACUCAGCCUGCUUUGGUGUCAUAUAUGUGAAACUAUUAAACACCAGGUAUGUUAUAAUUUAAUUUAGCUCAGUGGUUCUCAAACUGUGUGUACAGACAAUUAAAAAAAAAUUAUAUACAGUUGUGCUCAAAAGUUUGCACACCCUGGCAGAAAUUGUGAAAUUUUGGCAUUGAUUUUGAAAAUAUGACUGAUCAUGCAAAAAAACUUUUAAGGAUAGUGAUCAUAUGAAGCCAUUUAUUAUCACAUAGUUGUUUGGCUCCUUUUUAAAUCAUAAUGAUAACAGAAAUCACCCAAAUGGCCCUGAUCAAAAGUUUACACACCCUUGAAUGUUUGGCCUUGUUACAGACACACAAGGUGACACACACAGGUUUAAAUGGCAAUUAAAGGUUAAUUUCCCACACCUGUGGCUUUUUAAAUUGCAAUUAGUGUCUGUGUAUAAAUAGUCAAUGAGUUUGUUAGCUCUCACGUGGAUGCACUGAGCAGGCUAGAUACUGAGCCAUGGGGAGCAGAAAAGAACUGUCAAAAGACCUGCGUAACAAGGUAAUGGAACUUUAUAAAGAUGGAAAAGGAUAUAAAAAGAUAUCCAAAGCCUUGAAAAUGCCAGUCAGUACUGUUCAAUCACUUAUUAAGAAGUGGAAAAUUCAGGGAUCUCUUGAUACCAAGCCAAGGUCAGGUAGACCAAGAAAGAUUUCAGCCACAACUGCCAGAAGAAUUGUUCAGGAUACAAAGAAAAACCCACAGGUAACCUCAGGAGAAAUACAGGCUGCUCUGGAAAAAGACGGUGUGGUUGUUUCAAGGAGCACAAUACGACAAUACUUGAACAAAAAUGAGCUGCAUGGUCGAGUUGCCAGAAAGAAGCCUUUACUGCGCCAAUGCCACAAAAAAGCCCGGUUACAAUAUGCCUGACAACACCUUGACACGCCUCACAGCUUCUGGCACACUGUAAUUUGGAGUGAUGAGACCAAAAUAGAGCUUUAUGGUCACAACCAUAAGCGCUAUGUUUGGAGAGGGGUCAACAAGGCCUAUAGUGAAAAGAAUACCAUCCCCACUGUGAAGCAUGGUGGUGGCUCACUGAUGUUUUGGGGGUGUGUGAGCUCUAAAGGCACGGGGACUCUUGUGAAAAUUGAUGGCAAAAUGAAUUCAGCAUGUUAUCAGAAAAUACUGGCAGACAAUUUGCAUUCUUCUGCAUGAAAGCUGUGCAUGGAAUGCUCUUGGACUUUCCAGCACGACAAUGACCCUAAGCACAAGGCCAAGUUGACCCUCCAGUGGUUACAGCAGAAAAAGGUGAAGGUUCUGGAGUGGCCAUCACAGUCUCCUGACCUUAAUAUCAUCGAGCCACUCUGGGGAGAUCUCAAACGUGCGGUUCAUGCAAGACGACCAAAGACUUUGCAUGACCUGGAGGCAUUUUGCCAAGACGAAUGGGCAGCUAUACCACCUGCAAGAAUUUGGGGCCUCAUAGACAACUAUUACAAAAGACUGCACACUGUCAUUGAUGCUAAAGUGGGCAAUACACAGUAUUAAGAACUAAGGGUAUGCAUACUUUUGAACAGGGGUCAUUUCAUUUUUUUCUUUGUUGCCAUGUUUUGUUUUAUGAUUGUGCCAUUCUGUUAUAACCUACAGUUGAAUAUGAAUCCCAUAAGAAAUAAAAGAAAUGUGUUUUGCCUGCUCACUCAUGUUUUCUUUAAAAAUGAUACAUAUAUUACCAAUUCUCCAAGGGUAUGCAAACUUUUGAGCACAACUGUAUAUAUAUAUAUAUAUAUAUAUAUAUAUAUAUAUAUAUAUAUAUAUAUAUAUAUAUAUAUAUAUAUAUUGUAUUUAUUUUUUUGGCUUUGCAACAUUAUAAACCUUUCAAAUAAUUUCUUAAAACACUUUGAGCUACAGUACAUUUCAUACUAAAUGUAAAAUGUACCACUGAUACUUCUUUUAAAUGGUGUCCUAAUAUGGGGAAAAUGUAAUCCUGCUCUACAUUCACAAAAUAUCAUGAAAUGUUUAUGUAUAUACAGUAUAUAGUUUGUUUUCACUGUAAAUAUAUGAUUGGUACAAUGUUUUCACUUUGUAAUGACAAUCCGACAAUGUGCAGUUCAAUAUGAACUCAUUACAUGUGCCUCUGUAAUGUGAAUCCUUUUUAAUUUAUUUAAUUUCUAAAAAAUAGUUAAUAGAUAAUAAUGAAUCAUAAUGUUGAUAAUAGUGAAUCAUAAAUUCGCUGCAGCCUUGUGAUGGUAUUUUUAAUUCAUUGCAUUUUAAAAACUAUUUUUGUCAAAGUUGUGAAAUAGAUCCUUACUGUAAAAGGGUGUUCAGGAUCCUGUACAGAAAUAUGUGAAAAUAUUAAAUAAUUUACAGUACAUCACUGUAAAUAAAACAAAAACAAAAUA